CUGAUAUGGGAUUGCAAAAAGCACAGAGGCUACAUGACAAAACUCCGGUAUGACGUAUGCAAACCAGCCGUCAAAUUAAUCGCGCACGGCACACCCAUCAACCUCUUGUUCUUGGAUGCAUAUUGCCGUCCCAAUAUUCUAUUCUCCCAUUCAUGAAAGCCUAUUCCCAUUUGUUUUUUCAUCACUAAUCAAGUUAAAUAUAUCCAUAUUUCCCUCUUUUUCUUCUCCAUACUCUGCCAUCGUUUUCGCGCAGAACGCACUGCUCUCUCUCUCUCAAACUGUCAGAAGCACUGCAAUUCUUGAAAGCUGGGUCGUCCCAAGAACAGAUACGGGAUGAAGAGGCACCGGAAUGGGGAGAUUUGGGACUUCGAGAGCGAAAUGCAGGGAGGAGUGGCUCCCGGAGACGAUGGUGGUGGUGGGUAUGGGUUUGGAGAAGUGAUACUGGGAUUGGACGGCGGGACUACUUCCACCGUCUGCGUUUGUAUGCCUCUCCAUCCUUCUCCGACCACUAUUUCCCGAUCCGACCCCCCUCCCAUCCUCUCCCGCGCCGUCGCCGGCUGCUCCAACCACAAUAGUGUCGGCGAAAUGGCUGCUCGAGAGACCUUAGAACAAGUUAUGGCAGAUGCUCUUUCAAAGGCAGGAUCAACCCGGUCUGCUGUUCGAGCCGUUUGUUUAGCUGUAUCGGGUGUUAACCAUCAAACAGAUCAGGAAAGGAUAGUGGAGUGGCUAAGGGAAAUAUUCCCCAAAAACGUUAGUUUAUUCGUUGAGAAUGAUGCUGUAGCAGCUCUAGCAAGUGGAACGAUGGGGAAGCUUCACGGGUGUGUCCUAAUUGCGGGUACAGGAACGAUUGCAUACGGGUUUACAGAAGACGGGAGGGAUGCCCGAGCUGCUGGUGCAGGACCGAUUUUAGGUGAUUGGGGAAGUGGAUAUGGUAUAGCCGCACAGGCAUUGUCUGCUAUUAUCCGAGAGCAUGAUGGUCGAGGCCCAUACACUGCUCUUACAUCGAGUAUUUUAAAGGCGUUAGGCCUUUCUUCGGCUGAUGAACUUAUUGGGUGGACGUACUCGGAUCCAUCUUGGGCCCGGAUUGCAGCUCUCGUUCCAUUUGUCGUGUCAUGUGCCGAGGGAGGUGAUCAAGUAGCAAAUAACAUUUUGCAAGAUUCCGUUCAAGAAUUGGCCUCGAGUGUCAAAGCUGUUGUUCGAAGAUUAGGCCUAUGUGGUAAAGAUGGAAAUGACGAGUUUCCCCUUGUCAUGGUUGGCGGUGUUCUUGAAGCCAACAAGAGAUGGGAUAUCGGGCAAGAAGUAAUAAAGUGUAUAUCUAAGGACUUCCCCGGGGCCUUCCCAAUUCGCCCCACGGUGGAGCCUGCUGUUGGUGCUGCUUUGCUUGCUUGGAACUAUUCGGUCCGACAUUCUCAGAAGAUGUUUGCAGAGGUUCAGCAGAUACGUUAACGUUAAAACGAGGUAUCUGGGGAAAAAUUCAUCAGCUGUAUAGAUAGAUACAAGUACAAAUGAAACCGAGAAAGGAACCCCUUUUUUGCUCCUUUUAAGAUUACCAAAAUUUAAGGAUUGCUGGCCGGAAUCUAUGUCGUAUUGUAAUAUUCUGUUAUGUAUUUUUUGCCAGAUUACAUAAUAAAAAAAAACAGGUAAUAUGUGAUUGUUAA